AUGGGCCCUAGAACCCCGGAUGACAGAUUACCAACUGAUCAAGACAGGGUUGGCGGAAUAGCCGUUCUCGCAAUUGGGAUCUGGACCGUGGUUGACAAGAAGUUCCUGGAAAAUCUCGUGGAUGUCAGUCUUUUCUUCAGCGCUGCUUACAUAGAAAUCGGAGCCGGUGUCGUCGCAGUUUUCAUAGCAUUUCUUGGUUGUUUCGGAGCGUUGAAAGAAGUCAGAUGCAUGCUAUUGACGUAUUCCCUCUUGUUGUUCCUGCUCUUCGUCGUGGUCUUGAUCGCUGGGAUCUUGGGCUAUGUGUUCAAGAUGAAGAUAGAAGACCAGAUCAAGAUCGGAUUGGACAACGCCUUGACCGAAUAUGAUCCCAAGGUCCCGGGGUAUGUCACUGAAGGAUGGAACAACAUGCAGCGCAAGUUGAAAUGCUGCGGUGUUGAGAGCUACACUGACUGGAGCAAAAACAGGAAGGGGAUUACUGGAACUUACCCGGAUUCCUGCUGUGCUCCGGGUCUUUCGACGAGUGAAAUUUCGACGUGUAAAAGCAACGCUGCGACGAGCAACAAUUUUUACCGCGACCCGUGUCUGACAACUGCCAAAGCUUACUUGAAGCAGCAUGGUUCCAUUAUUGGGGGAGUUGGAAUCUCGAUUGCCGUCAUUAUGAAUGGUGUCGAGUGUAGUGAAUCUGCCGUGGCAUCUCUUGGGCCGAAUUUCAUCCUUCUACCUCAAACCCAACAGCUCAAGGCGCUUCACACAGUUAUUCGAGACAAAAGUACGGUCCGGAGUGAUUUUGUUUUCUAUGCUGAUCGUUUGAUCCGGUUAGUGGUGGAAGAAGGACUGAACCAACUACCUUUCAAGAGCUGUUCGGUUGUGACUCCAACGGGUACUGUGUAUGAUGGAUGUCGGUUUGAGCGUGGGAACUGUGGUGUUAGUAUCGUCCGAAGCGGGGAGGCCAUGGAAAAGGGACUGAGAUCAUGUUGCCGUUCAAUACGAAUAGGGAAGAUCCUAGUGGAGUCUGAUGAAACUCAUAAUGCCCGCGUGGUGUAUGCCAAGUUCCCAGGCGACAUUGCCUUUAGGAAGGCGCUUCUGAUGUACCCCAUCUUGAGCACGGGCAACACGGUCAUCAAAGCUGUUGAAGUGCUUCGUGAGCACAAUGUUCCCGAAGAGAACAUCAUCUUGUUGAACUUGUUUUGUACCCCAGUGGCGGCUCGGUCUGUGCUGGAAGCCUUUCCGAAGCUCAAGCUCCUGAGUUCCGAGAUGCAUCCCUUCACGCCGAAUAAUUUCGGACAACGUUAUUUUGUUGGUGCUCAUGACUGAUGGAAAUAUUUACGAGUCUUUCGAAGUUUGUGUGUGUGUUCGAAAGUUCGUGCUUGGAUUUUUUUUCUCUCCUCGUGCUUUUUUUUUUUUACGCUGUGAUUUGACUCGCUUUGUGAUGUUUUGCGGGGGUUUCAGUCAGUUGGUGUCUCUUGUUUGUUUGCACUCGCGUGUGCAAUGAUCAGAUGGAAAAAUUACAAAUUUAUCUUCAAAAAUGUUGAAUUUUCGAGGAAUUGUGCAGGUACUGUCUCGGUUGUGUAUCUGGCCUUGGAACUUUUCACAGCGUCUUCCUUCAUCUUUUUGAAUUUGUCAAUUGUUUUAGUUUCGAAGUCUUAUUUUAACGUCUUAGUUUCAGUUGGAUAAUCGAAACCAUAUCACAAUUGGUUAUACAGUACUGUGCUGUACGUUAAAGUUGGCAGAACAGAGAUGCACGAAUCGUUUUUUGACUACAAUCUUCAGGAAACGCUCCUCUGCUCCAGAAGCAUAAUUUUUAUAAUUAUUUCAAGUGGUACAGUAAUUAUAUGGGAGAUUAAGGCUCCCGUUUCUUAAACGUAACAAGUUGGAAAAAGUCUCUUACAUGCUAACACUAUGUUCUUUUCUCCUCAAUGCAUGUGGAACACAUGGUUUAUUUUGGUUUCAAUAAAAAUUUUAUUUCAAAUAGGUAAAAAAUCAUUUAUAGGUACCUUUUAUAGUUACAUACAUUAUUCUAAAUACAUCAUAUCGUACUGUUUAUUGUCUAAUAAAUUCUACUAUUUUCGUGCUGAAAGACAUGGUUCUCCUUGAAAUGUCAUGGAAACAGUGGAAUGUAACUCAGGGUAUUGUCAUAGUUUCAUUGGUCAUGGUUUCAUUUUUCUACGAAAAGAAACCUUGACGUGUAUUUUUGAGACAGAAUUGCUCCAAGCUAGGAUUUUAUUGUACAGUAUCUGCAGGAUUCUGAAAAAAUAUCAGCAGUGAUUUCUUGAAGCUUAAAGCCAAAUCUUAGUCUUUCUGUGUUCGCAAAGUCUGAAGCUUCAACCUGAAACCACUCAAAAUUCGGGAGUCAAUCAAUUGUUUUCCCAUUUUCUGUUCGGUGAUG